AUGAGUGGGAGGAGUGCUAGUCAAACGAAUGAAAAUGUCCCACUUCCACAACAACUUCAAGAUAUCAAAAAUGCGAUUGACACUGCAAAGAAGAACGGGAUACUACCAAAGGAAAUCAGGAAGUAUCGGGAAAUGCUGGAGAAGUUGUUGAAAUACGAGCCGAAUAACAUGGAACUGAUAAAGUUGUACGAACAAAUCAAAGAACUCGACGAGAAGAAGUUUGAUCCAUUUAGUAUGUUCAAAGGAUGGAAGGAGAAGUUGGAAGCACAUCCGAAGACUCAAGAAUAUAUGAAGGACGAGAGUUUUGUCGAGUAUUUAAGUGACUAUGUCGAUAACCCUUUAUUACUAAGGUCUGGCAUAAAAGAUCCCAAGCUUGCGGAAUGCUUGAUGGUACUCAUGGGAGUCGACCCAUCCAUGUUUAUGAAAAAGAGUGAAGAAGAGAAAAAGGCUGAAGUUGAACGGAAGAAGGACGAGAUGAUCAAAAAGGAAAUGGAGAAAGAGAUGGAAGAGAAAGGAAUUCAUGUUGAGAAAAACGAUAUUUCAGAGGACCAAAAGAGUUUUGUCGACUCUAUUAUGGAACACAAAAAGAGAACAACAAAGGAACCUGAAAGUAAUGAAGAAAGACAAAAACUUGCUGUUAUAGAGAAGAAUAAAGGAAACGAAUUCUACAAGAAAAAGAUGUUUAAAGAGGCAAUAGAAUGUUACAACAGAGCAAUCACUCUUGAUAAAGGAAACAUCACUUAUCAGCUCAACAAAAGUGCCGUCUUCUUCGAAAUGAAAAACUGGAAAUUUGUCAUCCAAAUAUGCCAAAAUGUAAUCGACAAAAUCGAUUGUGAAAAAGAUAAGGAAAGACACGGAAGGAUCGCAAUGAGACUUGCGAACGCGUUUAUGGAGGAUGGGAAUAUCGAAAAUGCCGCAAAGUACUUCGACAUUGCAAGAAAAGACGAGUACCCUGGAGCAGAGGAAAAAUACCAAAAAGCGAAAAACGAGAAAGAAAAGAGGGAAGAGGAGAGCAAACUGAAGACACCAGUUGUGACACCGGAAAUAGAGAAAUUGCUCAUGUACGACGAAGUCAGGGAAAUAUUAAGAAACAUUAGAGCCGACCCAGAAUCACUCAAAAAGAUGAAGAAAGACCCAAAGAAAGUCGAGUUCAUAGAAAAGAUGAUACAAGUUGGGCUCUUACAAAGCCAAACAUAA